GAAACAGAAGACGCGGGAAUUGGUUUUUCCCGUCUUUGAAAACAGAGGAAAAUGAGUUGGAUCGAGCGGCGAACUUCGACGGCCAAAUUUGGCAAAACAAUUGUUUUUCUCAACACAAACAAAUAAAGAAACAAAACAGAAUUCUUCUUCUUCUUCAUUUUUAAAAUUUCUUGUUUCUUUUAAAAUUCAACGCACUCUUCUUCUUCUCCUCCUCCUCUCUCGUUUACCCAGCUCCUGGAACAGGAGUAUACAAAUUAAAAGAUGUGGGCAUAGAUGAGAUUUGAUAUCAGGAGAAGUUGAGAGAGAGAGGGUAAUUUGGAAAUGUUUACGCGGGAGAUAACAGCAAAGGACGUGAAAGCCACUGAGAAAAACAGGAUUCGAUACUCUUCCAAACACAUAAAACAUCUUCCUCCUGGAACCAUUACUGAGUUCGAAUGGAAGGAUUAUUGUCCCUUGGGAUUCAGACUUAUACAGGAACUUGAGGAUAUCAAUCAUGAUGAGUACAUGAAGUCUAUCUGUAAUGAUGAGACCUUAAGGAAGCUUUCUACUAGCAAAGUUGGUAACAUGUUUCUUCUUUCCAAAGAUGACCGUUUUCUCAUUAAGAUUCUACGCAAAUCCGAAAUCAAGGUUAUACUAGAGAUGUUGCCUGGUUACUUCCGUCAUAUCCAUAAAUACAGGUCAACCUUGUUGUCCAAGAAUUAUGGAGCUCACUCUGUGAAGCCUAUUGGAGGUGUUAAGACAUAUUUUGUCGUCAUGUCAAACAUACUGCAGUCGGAUGUUUUUAUGAACAAGGUCUAUGAUCUAAAGGGUUCAUCUCAAGGUCGGACUAACAAGAAGAUCAAAGUGAGAGAUAAAACCAUAUUGAAGGAUAUCGACCUUGAUUUUUGUUUCUAUGUGGAUUCUUUGGCCAGACACCGUCUCAUUAAGCAAACGAAGCUAGAUUGUGAACUUUUGGAAGAUGAAGGCAUCAUGGAUUACAGCUUAAUGCUUGGUUUACAAGUGAAAGGCUCGUGUCAUGGUUCAAUUGAUGAAUUAAUCCCGGUAUACGACAGCUUCACAUCACGAGGCUCUGUUGACAGCAAUAGCUCUAAGUUUAUGAAGACAGCUUCAAACUCUCCAGAUAGAUCAUCUUCUACAAUGUAUUCAUGCACUCCCAGCAGAAAUUCAGUUGAUAGUGAGAACUCAGUGAAUAUACAAUCAGUAGCAAGUAUAAGCCCUAGUCCAGCACAAACCAACGCUUCUGAUUCUCCAUAUGAAAGCCUUGUUUCCAAAACAAAUCUCACCAACAUCUUCCAAAACAGCUCAAGCACUAACUUCGGUAUGAAGAUACCAGGACGAGCACGACGGGUUGGGAGAGGAGAAUCAGGGAGUGUGGUGGGAAAACAGAGCAGAGAAGGAGGAGAAGAAUGGUACGAUGUGAUUUUGUAUCUUGGGAUUAUAGACAUUUUCCAAGACUACGGUGUGAGAAAACGCCUUGAACAUUGUUACAAGUCAAUUCAACACAGCUCUAAGACAAUCUCAGCCGUCCAUCCCAAGAUGUAUUCUUCUCGUUUCCAAGACUUUGUCUCUCAGAUCUUCUUACCAGACGAAGAUCCUUCUCACUGAUACAUAACUUCCAUGUCUUAACAUUUCUACUUAUAUCCACUAUUUAUUUAGUUUAGCGAAAGUUUAUUUGUUUGUGAAGCAAAAGCAACCUCCAAAUUUCUCUUUCUUUUCUUAACUCUUUGGCCUUGGUCGUCCAAGCCUCCAAGGCUCAAAUUUCCUUUAUCAACUUAUUUACAUAUACUGACUGACAUUGCAAAUUUUAGAUAAACCGGAGUUAAUUCCAACCAACCAG